AUUUUUUUGUUACAUUUCCACGGUUCAAGUAGGAUUUUUAUACCAUUCAGAAAAUUUGUAAUUUUUUCAAUAAAAUAUUAACAAAAAACGAACAGUAACAAUGAAAUUAUAUCCUGAAUUAACAAAUUCUCGUCCAAUAUUUAAAGUUAUACCGGAAGAGUUAAAUGAACAUUUGCAUGCUUUGGGGGCACCACAUUUGGAUUCUUUCAAUGAAUUAAUUGACUUUGGCUUGGAUAAUGUUGCCAAACAUAUUGUGCCCAGUGCUUUUAAGACACCGGCGGGUGAAAAAAUUGAGUUGUAUGUGGAAGACAUUAGAAUUGCUAAACCCCAAGUGCCCAUGUCAGUUGUAGAUGUUAGAGAACGUAACAUAUAUCCCACAGAAGCCAGACAAUUGCAUAAAUCGUACACGGGUAUGUGUUCGAUAAAGGUGGGCUGGCGUGCUGAUGGCAUAGAGAAGGGUGCCAUAGAUGUAGAUAUGGGCGAAGUACCCAUUAUGCUAAAAUCAAAAGUUUGCAAUCUAGGCAAUAAGUCACCCGAGCAAAUGGUUAAACAUGGUGAACAUGAUUCCGAAUGGGGUGGUAUUUUCAUUGUCAAAGGUAAUGAGAAAAUCAUACGCAUGUUGUUGAUGAGUCGUCGUAAUUAUCCAAUUGCCAUUAAAAGAAGCUCAUGGAAAGAUCGUGGUGCCAAUUUCAGUGAAUUGGGUAUAAUGAUAAGAUCGGUGCGCGAGGAUGAAACAUCAUUUAAUAAUGUUUUGCAUUAUCUAAACAAUGGCACCUGCAAGUUUAUGUUUUCGAAUAUGAAAUUCAUGGCCUAUGUGCCGGUCUGUUUGAUAAUAAAAUGCUUAACCGAUGCUACCGAUGAAGAAAUCUAUAAUCGUUUAAUACGCGGCUAUGAAAAUGAUCAAUACUAUUUGAGUUGUGUCCAACAAAUGUUGCGUGAUGUUCAUUCUGAGGGUUUACACACCUCGGGCCAAUGUAGAGAAUAUUUGGGACAAGUAUUCCGUUCCAGAUUUCGCGAACUACCCGAUUGGACUACAGAUGUUGAAGUCACAGAUUUUAUAAUGCAACAGAGGGUAUUAGUACAUUUAGAAACAAAUAAGGAAAAAUUUGAUUUGUUGGUAUUCAUGAUACAAAAGUUGUAUCAAUGUGUACAGGGUAAUGCUAAAAUUGAAAAUGUUGAUUCGGUUAUGAUGCAGGAAGUGUUGACAUCAGGUCAUUUAUAUCAAAAAUAUCUAGGAGAUCGCAUAGAUUUUUGGUUGCAAAUGGCUAAAAAGAUGGUUCUCAAGAAACUAAACACCCCAGAUGCCUUAUUAACUUCCAGCAUUUUGACUACGAUUUUACGUAGCAUGGGCGGUAUAAGUCGUGCUAUGGAAUCAUUUUUAGCUACAGGAAAUGCACCAUCACGCAGUGGUCUUGGUCUUAUGCAAAGUAGUGGCUUAGUUGUAAUGGCUGAAAAUAUUAAUCGUAUGCGUUAUAUGUCACAUUUUCGUGCGGUCCAUAGAGGUUCCUUCUUUACCACCAUGAGAACUACAGAAGCUCGACAAUUGCUGCCCGAUGCCUGGGGUUUUAUUUGCCCGGUACAUACACCUGAUGGUACACCCUGUGGUCUGUUGAAUCAUUUAACGGUUACCUGUAGAAUUUCUACGAUACCGGAUAAAAGAUUGGUGGAGAACAUACCCAAAACUUUAGUAGACAUGGGCAUGAUACCCAUAGAUUCGGAUUUAAAAGAUCCUGCUAGUAAACUGUUUGUGGUAUUUUUAGAAGGCAAACUUUUGGGUCAUAUCCGACAAGCUGAUGCCACUAAAGUUGUUGACAAUUUAAGAUUAUUAAAAAUAGAGGGUAAAUUACCCGAAAUGAUGGAAAUUGCCUAUAUACCUUAUAAGAAGAAGGGACAAUUUCCCGGACUUUUCCUCUUUGUGGGUCCUGCUCGUCUAAUGCGUCCUGUUAGAAACUUGGCCUUAAAUAAAAUAGAAUUUAUAGGCUCUUUGGAACAGGUCUAUAUGGAAAUUGCUGUUGAUUUAAAAGAAAUGUAUCCAGGUUUUACCACACAUAUGGAAUUGUCGAAAACCGAUUUUAUGAGUAAUUUGGCCAAUUUGAUCCCUAUGCCGGAUUAUAAUCAAUCGCCACGUAACAUGUACCAGUGUCAGAUGGGUAAACAAACUAUGGGUACUCCCUGCUUGAAUUGGCCCAAACAGGCCGCCAAUAAGUUAUAUCGUUUACAGACACCUGCGGCUCCUUUGUUUAGACCGGUACAUCAUGAUAACAUAGGUUUGGAUGACUUUGCUAUGGGUACAAAUGCCAUUGUGGCAGUUAUUUCCUAUACUGGCUAUGACAUGGAAGAUGCCAUGAUUAUUAAUAAAUCUGCUCAUGAACGUGGUUUUGCUUAUGGUUCAAUUUAUAAAUCGAAAUUUUUAGAAUUACGUGGCAAUAGUUAUUUUGCACGUAGUCCUCAUAUGCCUGAAGUAGCGAAAUAUUUGGAUAAUGAUGGUUUACCUCAGGCCGGUACUCAAUUGACACAUGGUUGUCCUUUCUACAGCUACUACGAUACUGAAGAAUCCACUUAUAAACUCGUUAAAAUGGAUGAAAAAGAAGAUUGUAUAGUUGAUAGUGUAAGAUUUUGUGGUAGUUAUAAAGCGACAUCACCACGAAUGGUCUGUGUUACAUUACGUAUACCACGUCCACCAACUAUUGGUGAUAAGUUCGCCUCACGUGCUGGACAAAAAGGUAUUUGUUCACAAAAAUAUCCCGCAGAAGAUUUACCCUUCUCCGAAACUGGUCUUAUACCCGAUAUUGUAUUCAAUCCUCACGGUUUCCCCUCUCGUAUGACAAUUGCUAUGAUGAUCGAAACUAUGGCUGGCAAAAGUGCCGCCUUACAUGGCCUUGUACAUGAUGCCACACCCUUCCGUUUCUCUGAAAAACAUACCGCGAUCGAUUACUUUGGUAAAUUGUUAGAAGCUGGUGGUUACAAUUAUUAUGGCACUGAACGUCUUUACUCUGGUGUCGAUGGUCGUGAAAUGACAGCUGAUAUAUUCUUUGGUGUUGUCCAUUAUCAACGUCUACGUCACAUGGUGUUUGAUAAGUGGCAGGUGCGUUCUACCGGUCCCGUAGAUGCUAUUACCCAACAACCCAUUAAGGGUCGUAAACGUGGUGGUGGUGUACGUUUUGGUGAAAUGGAACGUGAUGCUUUAAUAUCACAUGGUGCUUCUUUCCUUCUACAAGAUCGUCUCUUUCAUAAUUCGGAUAAAACCCAUUCACUGGUGUGUAAUAAAUGUGGCAGUAUAUUGGCUCCCAUGAAGAAAAUCGUUAAACGUUCACAAAAUACCGGUAAACUACAUUCGGUCCCAGAUACUUGUCGUCUGUGCGGAGAUGGUUCUGGUGUCGGUUAUAUAGAGAUUCCUUACUCCUUUAAAUAUUUAGUUACCGAAUUGAGUUCCGUAAAUAUUAAUGCUAGAUUUAAAUUGAUGGAAAUUUAAAACUUUUAAAUUACUUUAGUUUGUUAAAAAUCUAGUUGUUAAAUACAAAAAAAUUUUAUAAAGUUUAUAAGAAAAAUGUAUAAACUCCGGUGAAAAUUUAUUUUAAAUAAAAAUGUU